AGAAUGGUGCAGCCAAGCGGGUUGUCACUCUCUUCUGAAAUUAUUUGGGCCUCGUCAAUCAGCAGAUCGCUAACAUCUAGCUAACUAGCUGCUAGCAAUGGCGAGCUUUUGUAGCCAGCUAGCGGCUGCGAUACCGUUUGUUUAUGUUAGCUGUGCGACACCUUUUCUUUUUAUAUCAAAUUUAAUUUCACCAUAUAACUUGGCAAUUAAUGGCACGCCAAAUGAGUAGUUAUGAGUAAAAAAAUAACAGCGUAGGAAAUAUGACAUUAACGCGUACAAAGAGAAGUCAGUCAGUAUUGGCUAGCUAUUUACGGUGUUACUGUGUGUGUGCGUGUUCCAGCCUAAACCAUGGAACAGUGUGCAUGUGUGGAGCGGGAGUUGGAGAAAGUGCUCCAUCGCUUUGUAAUGUACGGCCACCAGUCUGAGGAGAGGCUAGAUGAACUCCUGCGUAGCGUGUGUGAGAUACGAGGACAGCUAGUUGCUUUUGGGGUACAAGAUGCAGAUUUAUCAGUCCUAUCACAGACUAUGACGCAGUGUUGUAAAAAUAUCAAAGAAACAGUGCAGAUGCUAGCCUCUCGACAUAAGGACAUCCAUGGCAGUGUGUCUAAAGUGGGCAAAGCCAUUGACAGGAAUUUUGAUGCAGAGAUCAGUGCUGUUGUGGCAGAGACAGUGUGGGACACCCCAGAGAGACAGAAAUACCUGAGUGAAUCCAUUGUGGAACACCUGUACAGACAAGGGAUGCUCAGUGUAGCAGAGGACCUUUGUCAGGAGUCUGGUGUAGUUAUAGACAUGAGUAUGAAGCAGCCUUUCCUGGAGCUAAACAGGAUCCUUGAAGCUCUGAGGAUGCAGGACCUCAGGCCAGCGCUAGAGUGGGCUGUGACAAAUCGGCAGCGCCUUCUGGACCUGAACAGCAGUUUAGAGUUCAAAUUGCACCGCUUGUACUUCAUCAGCUUGCUCAGUGGAGGAAUCAGCAACCAAAUGGAGGCCCUGCAGUAUGCCAGGCACUUCCAGCCCUUCGCCUCUCAGCACCAGAGAGAUAUCCAGAUCCUGAUGGGCAGCCUGGUGUACCUGCGUCACGGCAUUGAAAACUCGCCGUACCGCAGUUUACUGGAGACAAAUCAGUGGGCUGAGAUCUGCAACAUCUUCACCCGGGAUGCCUGUGCUUUACUGGGCCUCUCUGUAGAGUCUCCACUAAGUGUUAGUUUUGCAUCAGGAUGCAUGGCCUUGCCUGUGCUGAUGAACAUCAAACAGGUGAUAGAGCAGAGGCAGUGCAGCGGAGUGUGGACGCACAAAGAUGAACUGCCUAUUGAAAUUGACCUCGGGAAGAAGUGCUGGUACCACUCUGUGUUUGCGUGCCCAAUUCUUCGACAGCAGACGUCAGAGAGCAAUCCUCCCAUGAAACUCAUCUGCGGACACGUCAUCUCCAGAGAUGCUCUCAACAAACUAACCAACGCUGGGAAGUUGAAAUGCCCGUACUGUCCCAUGGAGCAGAAUCCGUCACAUGCCAAGCAGAUCUACUUUUGAUACCGCACUCUCGCCCCAUCAAGGAUGAAGUUACCUGGAGCUGUUUGUGUCUCCAGGACCUUUUGCUCUGACCCUUUUCCUCUGUCCCUGGCCUCCUGGCCUGUUAUUGUAAGCAUUAAGGUUUUAUCCCAGUGCUCCUCUGGACUGUCUCGGCCAUCCCGUCACCCACCUUGGACCCUCUAACUUUGCAUAAUAUAGAGUCCAGCAGGGAUGGUCCACUGACAACCUGUAGUAGAAUGAGGUGUCAGUCAGCAAUGGGAGCAUCCUCACGAAGCAGCACCAAUGAAAAAGGAUCAUCUAUUGAAAGUCAUUUGCAAAUGCCUGCAGAGUUAUACUCUUAUCUUUUUCAAGUAUGUAAUACUUGCUAGUGUUUGCUUUCUUGGCUUUAUCAAUUAAUUUGAGUUUGAUGACUGCUUCUUUUUUUUAUUUUUUAUUUUUUUUAUUUUGGACAGAAGCAGAAUGAUAAUGAAUGGGUGUAGCGUGUGGGUAAACGUUGUAGAUAAGCAGUUUCUGAUUUCAGGUUGGUAAUAAAUUUCUAUUAUACAUAAAAGAAACCCGCUGAGUAACAAACUAUUGAAGGUGUAUAAUUUGCUGGAGUGAAGGGAACUGGAGGUCUCUCUCAAACCGAACUCUGAUUGUGACCCAUUAAUCCUCCAUAAUGUAAUAAAGGCCUCACGUAGCUUGAAAGUCACUGUCAGCUGAUGCAUCUGUUCUGAUCAGUUUAUCCAUCGAUGGUGGGACAGCUUUUCUUUUGUGACUUACUGCACCAGCAAAAAUUUUUUUCUCAUUAUAGAAGCCAUUUGUCUUGUUCUAUGUAUGUAUUUAACAAAUACAGCAAAAGCAAACAAAAAUAUAUAUAUAUCUAUAUA